GCCAUUUGGAAUAUAAUAUGACGCCAUAUCAUAUCAAUCCAUAAUGAUUGAAAAACUCCAUGCAUUAACCUCCAUGUAUUAAUGUUUAGUUUUAUUGAAAAACUUUUCACAUGCAUAACAAAUAAUUUGUUACUGUAUAUAACAUCAAACAUCAGAAUGAGAAAAAAAUACUCAUGGGUGUACGAUACACUCAGACGUAUAUAACAAGCUCUUUGCAUAACACCCUAUUUACAUUAUCCUUGGAAUGCAAAAGAGUAGCAUAUAUAUUGACAUCAAAUUUAUCAAUUUUUUAUUUUUUAUUUUACUAUGGAUUGAUUUAUCAUUUACAUUAAUGCAGAAAAUAAUUAUUAUAUUCAAACUAUUUAAGCUAUCAUCUUAAAAAACAAAAAAGACACACCACUUAAGCUCUUAGUGACAAACAAGCCAAAUAUAUAUAAUUCAAUUAAAAUAAUAUAUUUAUAAUGACCCGAAGCAUCGUUCGGGCCUUCGGGCCAAAAACUAGUUUUAUCUCUAUAAUAUUACUAUAUCAGUAGUUCAGUACUCUACAACUCCAUUGAUUGGGUUGGGUCAUGAAUUCAUGAUUCUUAUUUUGGGUCGUUCAAUUUCUUAGUUAUUGGGCUCUCCGUUAUUAAAUUCUUACCCGAUAAAUUUCAGGAAUUCGGAACCGCUCAAAAUUUCGGGUACUUCACUACUUCCUAGCGUAUCCAAUUUCCCAAUGCCCACCACAUGCUCGAUAAAAUGCUCAAGAGAGAAAAAAAAAAAAAAAAAGAAAAAGAAAAAAAAAAAACUCCAAUGGAGUUUAGCCUGGAGUACGAACAAAUACAGCUCAAAAUUAUUUCUGGGAAAUUACCUUAAAAUUGUCACUUUCAGUAACUUUCAAAUGAUGUUGAUGGGUUUACAGGCGAAGUUGUCCUUAACAAAGGUACUGCCUCCUCCUUUACUGGCUGAAAGUUGUUCCUCUUUUUUAUUCCGUGAUACUGUAUUUGCCCUUUAAAUUUCAUUGCUUUAUUGUGAUAUUGACAUUCAAUUUUAUGCAAGAUUUGCUUCUUUGUAAUUGAUACAAUGAUAUGGCCUCCACAUUGUAAUAAAGACAACAACAAAGCCUUACACUCCCACCAAAAUGAUUCAUGUUGGCUAACAUGAAUUGUCGGCAAAAAAUAAUUCAAGCGAAAAAACAAUGAUUUUUAGUUAUUGCACAUGCAGCCGAUGCAGGGUUAGUGAAAACUUGUACUCGUACGUCUCGUAGUAGGAAUAAUGUAGGAUUACUUCCCUUUCGAUACAUUGUGUCACGUUAAACAUAGUCUUAAGAAUUAUACGGAGUGUGAAUGUACGAUACAUGUUGUGUGGAUGACAAUUACGGAGUAGUCAACUCAUACAACCACGCUUUAAGAUAAGGCUGGUCAAUAGAUUUUACGUGGUUUGAUAUAUGUUAGUCUUUAUCAAUUGGUGGUUGGUGUAGUGGAGAAUGACUGAAUGAGACUACACUUGUUAGUUUGAUCCACCGCAACAACCAUUGAGAGGAGACUGAAACCUAACCAUCCAGAAUUGAUCCCUGCAUCCGUAUUAGCUCAAAGGGUGGAACAACAACAAUAACAACAACAAAAAAAAAAUGACCGAGUGUGCAUAUGUUAAAAGAAAUAUUAAACCUUGUAAUUUUUUAACUAAUAAUUAGCUUUAUAUUUAUGUAACUAAAAAAACUAAUUUUAUUUAUUUUUUAUAGUUUCCUCUUUGCUAUCUUCCAACUUGGUCUUAAAGAGACUAACUAUAGAUCUAAGUAAGCUUAUGAAUAUCAGAGUUAAACAAAAAAACCAAUGCAUGCUAAUGCAAGCACAGUAAUAUAUACACCAGAAAUUAAAGCCAAGCCAGCUGAAUUGGAUAAGAUGAGGCGAACAUUGGUGCUUUUCCCUUUACCAUUGCAAGGGCAUCAGACACCCAUGCUUCUGGUAGCAAACAUCUUAUAUUCAAAAGGCUUCUCCAUUUCUAUUAUUCAUACUCAUUUCAACUCACCUAAUCCUGAUAGUUAUCCACAUUUUACUUUCCAUCCUAUUUCUGAGAGCUUGUUGGGCUGUAAAGCUUCUACUGCAGAUGUUAUAGGACUUCUGAAUACGCUUAACGUUAACUGUGUGGUGCCUUUCAGGGAUAUUUUGGGUCAGAUACUGUCUGAGAAUGCUGCCAAAGAGCCUGUUGCUUGCUUAAUUACUGAUGCUAUGUGGCACUUCACACAAGAUAUUGCAGACAACCUUUUGCUCCCAAGGAUUGUGUUGCGGACCAGUAAUCCAUCAUCUUUUGUUGCAUUUACUUAUUUGUCGCUUUUUCGAGAAAAAGGGUACCUCUCGGCACAAGGUUGUCAAUUGGAAGAGAAAGUCCCAGAGCUUCCACCUUUGAAAAUGAAAGACAUUCCCAUACUUGGAACAUGUGAUCUUGAAGCAACUUAUGGAUUAGUUUGUAACAUGAUAGAAAAAACCAAGUCCUCAAGAGGACUCAUAUUCAACUCUUUUGAGGAACUUGAAGGUCCUGCACUGGCCAUGCUCCAGCAAGACUUCAACAUUCCCCUUUUUGCAAUUGGCCCGUUUCACAAGCAGGCUCCAUCUUUAUCAAGUAGCUUGCUAAAACAAGAACGAGACUGUAUUUCCUGGUUGAAUGCUCAUGCACCCAAGUCAGUGCUAUACAUUAGCUUUGGAAGCAUAGCUGCAGUUAGUGAGGCAGAUUUUCUGGAGAUUGCCUGGGGCUUAGCAAAUAGCAAACAACCAUUCUUAUGGGCUAUUAGGCCAGGGUUGGUCCGUGGCUUAGAUGGGCCUGCUCCACUGCCAUCUGGGUUCUUGGAGACAACUGCAAAGCAAGGCCGGAUUGUUACAUGGGCCCCACAAGACGAGGUUUUGGCUCAUCCUGCAGUUGGAGGAUUUAUGACUCACAGUGGCUGGAAUUCGACCUUGGAGAGCAUUUGUGAAGGUGUGCCAAUGCUAUGUCUUCCUUGCUUUGGUGAUCAGAUGGUUAAUGCUAGACAUGUAACUGAUGUGUGGAAGGUGGGUUUGCGAUUUGAGAAUGGACUAAACAGAGAUGAUAUAGAGAACUCUAUUAGAAGAGUACUGGUGGAAAAAGAAGGCAAAGAGAUUAGCCAGAGGUUGGCAUAUUUGAAAGAGAAGGCAAGUCUUUGUCUAGCAUCUGGUGGAUCCUCUCACAAGUCCUUGGAAAUCUUGGUUUCACAUAUCUUAUCAUUUUGAUUAUUUUACUUCAUGAUAGAUGUGUACCCCUUUGGACCCUCUCCUUGACAUUAAUUUAGUGUAAGUGACUUUUCAAUGUGAUCAAAUGUUGUUUUCUAUGUACCCAAUUAUCUGCACUGCCUUUCUCAAGUAAUGACUAGCUUCUCUCCUUUAU